AGCAGAGGCCCUUUGGUGUUAAUUUAAAUCUUCUGUCUCAGCCUCACCCGCUCCACCCUAUGGCAUCAGUGUUCUGGAGUGUGUGCGUGACUCCAUGGUGCUGGCCUGGAAACAGCCAACCUUCAUCGGAGGUGCUGACAUCACCGGCUACUUUGUCGAUUACCGUGAGGUCAUCGAUGGUGUGCCAGGGAAGUGGCACGAGGCCAACAUCAAGGCCAUCAGUGAGAGGGCCUACAGGGUGUCAGAACUGAAAGAGAACAGGAAGUACCAGUUCCAGGUGCGAGCUGCUAACAUGGCAGGUGUUGGCAUCCCAUCGAUGCCCAGCAACACCUUCCUGUGUGAGGAGUGGACCAUUGCGGUUCCAGGACCCCCUCAUGAUCUGCAGGUUAGAGAAGUACGAAGUGACUCCGCUGUGUUGCUAUGGAAACCCCCUGUGUACCAGGGCCGCAAUCCGGUCAAUGGUUUCUACAUUGAUAUCAAGGAAGCAGAUGCACCAGAGGAAGCCUGGAGGGGAGUCAACACCAAGGCUUCAGAGAAAACAUACAUCAAGAUUAAGGAUCUUAAGGAAGGUGAAAAGUAUGUGUUCAGAGUGCGUGCUCAGAACAAAGCCGGUGUUGGAAAAACUUCAGAUGUUACAGAGCCAGUCCCUGCUGUGACCAAACCAGGCACCAAGGAGAUAGUAGUUGAUGUCGAUGAUGAUGGUAUCAUCUCUCUGAACUUUGAAUGCAGUGACUUGACCCCUGACUCCAAAUUUGUGUGGGCCAAGAACUAUGAGGAAAUCACAGACACCAACCGCCUGACCACAGAGACCAAAGGAAACAAGUCCAAAGCUGUUUUUAACUCUCUUGGGGAGGAGGACAUUGGUGUUUACUCAUGUCUCGUCACUCACACUGAUGGUGCUUCAUCCAGCUAUACCCUCUCUGAGGAAGAGUUGAAGAGGCUGCUGGAGGUCAGUCACGACCACAAAUUCCCCAUUAUUCCCCUGAAGUCAGACUUGGCAGUGGAGCUGCUGGAAAAGGGAAAAGUGCGCUUUUGGCUGCAGGCAGAGAAGAUCUCAGUGAAUGGCAAAGUUGAUUACGUAUUUAAUGACAAUGUUCUCUCUCAAGGAGAGAAAUACAAAAUGAAUUUUGACAAGAACACGGGUGUGAUUGAGAUGCUUAUGGAGUCUCUGACCCCAGCAGAUGAGGGCACAUACACCUUCCAGAUGACAGAUGGGAAAGCUACAAACCAGUCCAGCUUGGUACUGAUUGGUGAUGUGUUCAAGCAGCUGCAGAAAGAAUCAGAGUUCCAGAGAAAAGAGUGGUUCAGAAAGCAAGGUCCUCACUUUAUUGAAGGUUUGCGUUAUGAGGUCACUCCAGAGUGCUGUGUAAUACUGCAAUGCAAGGUAGGCAACAUGAAGAAAGAGACUUCAGCUCACUGGUCCAAAGAUGGACAUGAGAUCAAGGCGGACGAACAUCUCGGCUUCACAGAGGGAGUUCUGAAACUGGAGAUAUCCCAGAUUUCCAAGAAGGAUGCUGGUGUGUAUGAGGUUGUUCUGAAGGAUGAGAGAGGAAAAGACACGUCCACAUUGAAUCUAACAGAUCAGGGCUUCAAAGACUUGAUGAAUGAAGUUUUCAGUUUUAUUGCUAAUUCCUCCACUCCACUGAAGAUCACAAGCACAGAUGAAGGAAUCCGACUCUACACCUUCGUCAGCUACUACAACGAUUUACUUCAAGUCACAUGGCACUACAAGGACUCUGCCAUCGCCUUCUCUGACCGUAUAAAGAGCGGUGUGGUCGGCGAACAGCUGUGGCUUCAGAUCACCGAUCCCACAGAGAAAGACAUGGGAAAAUACGCCAUCGAGUUCAAUGACGGAAAGGGCGGCCUCAGGAGAACCGUGGAGCUGUCUGGACAAGCAUUUGAUGAUGCCUUCGCAGAGUUCCAGAGGCUUAAAUCUGCAGCUGUGGCAGAAAGAA